GGCUCCACCCACCCCCACCCCCUCCCUCCUCCUCCUUCCUCUCUCUCCCCCCUUCGUGUCGCCGCCGCCGCCCCGCUCUCCGCCCGCCCGCCUGGACGUCUUCAAUGAAUAAGCUCAUUGCCAGGUGCCGUGGAGGUGGCGUCGCCUCGUGUAUGGCCGUCCUGCGCACAAGCGACAGCGGAUUCUGCCAAGCGCGGUACACGGCGCGCGCACGAGUGUGAGCAAGCAGCGCUGCCACAGACAGGGGGCUCCCGUCGGACGGAAUCCAACCCUCUCUCCCGUCCGUCUGCCCGCCCGCCCGCCCGCCCGCCCGCCCGUCUGUCCGUCCGUCUGUCCGACAGACCGACCGACAGUCAAAUUAAUCCGCAGCCAUCGGUCGCCGCGUGCUGCCGGUACAAUAAGCUAGCUCUGCCCAUGGGGUAAACUGAACACGGUGAGCGCCGGAGAAGUAAUUUUAUCGAGAGAGGAGAACUUGAGUGGGGGCAGCCAGCGGGGGCCGAUGAGAGAGGAGGAGGAGGAGGCGGCGCUGGCAGGUAUCGCGUGAGCCGCCCGGGCGGCAGGAGAGAGGAAUCCAGCGGGAAAUCUCCCCUCCCCCACCCCCCCCGUUAACCGAGCAAAUUUAACAAAAAAAUAAACUUUCAACAAAGCUGCAAGAGACGAGAGAAAGAAAAAAACGAGCGACGUUGCACGUACAGUGGCCAAUUUUAGUUUUCUUCUUCAAAACAAAUAUAUUUGUAAAAAAAAAAUAACAAUCGGCCCGCGAAGAAAAAAACAUUUGAAAUUGUAACGAUUAAACAAAAAAAAAGAAAGAUUUUAAAUUGAGCCGAAGGUUGUUGGAGAGGUUGGCGGGAGGAAGCAGACGGAGAAGGGGGAGGAGGGGGGUGAUUUCGGACGUGCGAGCGGUGGCCGUGGAAUGGCCAGGAUGAAUCGCCUGGCGCCCGUGGAGCUGAGCUACAAGAACAUGCGCUUCCUCAUCACCCACAACCCCACCAACGCCACGCUCGACAAGUUCAUCGAGGAGAUGAAAAGGUACCACGUGGGCACGUUGGUCCGUGUGUGCGAGCCAACGUACGACAAGACGCCCGUGGAGAAUGAGGGCAUCACCGUGCUGGACUGGCAGUUUGACGACGGAGCGUCACCCCCGGACGGGGUGGUGGACGCGUGGCUCGACCUGCUCAAGGACAAGUUUCGCGACGAGCCCGAGCGCUGCGUCGCCGUACACUGCGUGGCCGGGCUGGGCAGGGCACCCGUCAUGGUGGCCCUGGCGCUCAUCGAGGGCGGCAUGAAGUACGAGGAUGCCGUCGAGCUCAUCCGAGAGAAGCGGCGGGGAGCGAUCAACACCAAGCAGUUGCUGUACCUGGAGAAGUACCGCCCCCACAUGAGGCUGCGCUUCAAGGAGACCAACAGCAAGGCCGGCUGCUGCCUGCAGUAGCCGGCGCUCGGCCGCGCGGAGAAAUCUCCCGGGAGAUCGGCGAGGGCUUUGCGAGAGUUUCACGAAACCUUCACCGCGAUCGUUUGUGAGAGAUCAUGGGAGAUCGCAGGAGUGGGGUUUUUUUUUUUUUUGCUGCUGCUGCUGCUACAAAGGGUCGCGAGAAUCUCGUUGACGACCACAAGAUUCUCGGGGAGAGAAAGAUUGCGACGGAUCGCGAUAUUUUUUCACGAGCGUUUUCGCGAUCGAUUGCGAAAGAUCACGGGAGAUAGGGAAAGUUUUUUUUGUUUUGCGAGAUGUGAACGCGAGGGAGUUACGUGAUGGUUUCGCAAUUGAUCGCGAGGGAUUUGCGAGAGAUCCGCCAGAGGUUACAAUGAUUUUGCGAGAAAUUGUGAGUUUUCCGGGAGAUCUCCGCACACGCCAUUGUUGCCAAACAAAGUACCUCCUCCACCUCGUCCACCUCGUCCACCUCGUCCACCUCGUCCCCAUUGAGCCAGCCGCCCCCCGGUAACUGACGACCCGGCACCGCGGGAGCACAACGAUGCGCAUCCGUUUCUCGCUUUCUCUGCUCGUUUCUAGCUUUCGUUGGACUCUUGUUCUUCGCUGUUGGCUUCUUUCUGCCUUCAGUUUCUACUUCAUUCCUCCUGUGCUCUGUCACCUUGCUCUGCUGGCUACUUUCUGCCGCCCUGAAUUCUGCUCAACAUCAUCUCAUCUCGAUCUCCUCUCCGCCUUCUCAAUUUUAUUUUCUCAGAUUUUUUUUUAUCCCUCGUUUAGUCUUUUACUCGACUUCCCUUUACUUUCUCUUCAUCUUUUUCUCACGCUGCUUUCUUGUUCCCUAACCUUUCACUUUUCUUAGCUUCUAGUCGUUCUCUUUUACAUUCCCGUUUUUGCCUUCUCCGUUCGCUACAUCUUCAUCAGUCUCUUCCAUUUCUCUCCCCAUGUCACGCCUCUCACUGCCUCGACUCACUCUCGUCCUAGCUCGCUCGCUCGCUCUCUCGCUCGCUCGCUGUUUCUGCCAUUGCUCAGUCCGCACACUGCUCACGCCGCCAACGUUGCUGCCAAAAUAAAAACGACGAGCAGAGCUAAAAUUAACAUUUCAUCAGUCGGAAAGCCACACACACACACUCCCACCCCGUCCACAAACAGCUGGUUCCGGACGCUAAUUGCGUACACUUACCGCAAGUGAGCAUGGAAGAGCUGGCCAAAUGCCCCCCCCACCCCCACCCUCCCCUCUUAAGUGGAGACCCUUCUCGCCAGCAGUAGCUUGAGUGAGCCAAAUGCAUUGCCGAAUCCUUUUACCAGCGUUUUACUUUGUACCUCUUUGGGCGUCGUCAGACGCACGCACCGAGUCAAAUUCGUUGCCACGGAGCGGCGGGGGGGCAGAAAGGCUCGAGUUGAGUGGGAUGCACCAGAACUACAGCAGCAGCUACGUGACCUGCACAGGCAUUGAAAUCAAUCGCUAGGCCCAACCUGUGUCAUGGCCGGCGAAUGCAGUGCCCCAUGAAUUUAAAAAAGGAGCACACACACACAAAGACAAAGAGCCCCCCCGCCCCCCCCCGGUAUAGCCUUAACAGACUGUUGGGGUAAGUGCUGUUAGCGAGCACAUGUGAAGGCUGGAACGGCACACGAGGGGGUGGGUGGCCAAUAAAAGGGAGCACACACGCACAGUGCACAAUAAUGUUUUGAGCCAGUUCAGACCUCCCAAAUUCAACCAUUAACCCCCUCCGCUGUCACCGUGUCUCUCACUCGCCUUGACUUAAUACGGCUCGGGAGGAUCCUCUUAUUUUCAAUUAAUUUUUUCUGUUGUACCAUGUGUUGUUUCGCACGAUGUCCGACGUUUUGCUUUAAGUGCUGGGAGCUCCUUGAGGAACUCCUCUGUUGAAUAGUUGUCCAAGUUGCAAAGCGGCAAAGGCUACAACGGUGGCGGAGAUGGAGUGAGAGAAAUGACGAUUCUUGAGCCAUCAACACUACCACCACCACCACCCACACCAACCACAACUACCUACAGCACCGUCACCUAUACCACUUCCACUACCUGCACCACCACUACCCACACCCUCAAAUUUCGCCACGACGAUUUGAGAAAAUCCCGCCGUUUGGUCAUGCGACACCAUUCUUGUCCCAGCUCUCGUUUCUACAGAGCUGGCUCUGGUACAGUUUUUGCCACCCGUGUCCAAACUUCAAAUAAACGCAAGUUUCAAAUCUA